AUGACGUCAUUAGUCAACACUAAAUUAGUUGAUAAAUAUUCAAAAUACGUUAAAACAAUUAGAAAUCGAAUUGUUGAAGUUGAAUUUUAUUGGUUUCAAGUAAAUCCUCGUCAAAGUUAUCGAUUACGAAUUAAUGAAAAAGAAUUUAAUGAAGUACAAAAACAUAUGCGUUCAAAAAAAUUAUUAAAUCUAAAUUUUGAACAUUUUACUGAUUUAAUUACACCAAUAUUUGCUAAUGAUGCUGCUGAAUUUAGUAAUUUUGUAUUACGUUCAACUUUUGAUAAUUUAUUUGAUCUAAAUUCUAAUGGAACAGUUGAACAAGAAGAAUUUGAAUCACUUUUUUUGUUACUUCAAGGUUUUAAUACCAAAAAACAAAACUUAUUACAAGAAAAUCUUCGUCAAAUGCUUGGUAAUCGACAUAAACAUAUUUCGUUUACAGAAUUUUGUGAUUUUGUCAAAUCUGGUCAUUUGCGUCAAUUAUUUAUGAGAUUUACUGCACUUAUUAUAAGUAGUUUAAAUGGUUUUGGUUUGAAUAUUGUACGUAAAUUUGCUAAACAAGGUUGUAACAUUGUUGUGAAUGGAAAUCAAAUUGAUGAAAAUAUAAUAAAAACAAUUCAAAAUGAAUAUCAACAAAGUAAAACAAUUUAUAUAUCAGAUAAUAUACAAAAUGAAAUCGAUAUACAUAAAUUAGUUGAACAAAUAUUCAAUUAUUUCCAACAUAUUGAUAUUCUUAUUAUAAAUAAUGAAUGUAAAAAACAUUAUAGAGCUUCUAUUGAUGAAUUUCCAACAGAAAACUGGAGAGAUAUCAUUGAGCAUAAUCUGAUAUUAAAUUUUGCUUUAGUUAAAACUCUAUGGCCUUAUAUGAAACGACAACAUUAUGGUAGAAUUAUUAAUAUUGAAAUGUUUACAAUUUAUAUCUAUAAACCAAAAAUAGUUGUUGAAAAUCUUUUCGUAUCAAAUGAACAUAGCUUGGUUACUGGUGAAUAUAAAUCAGCGUGUAUUACUUCACAUCAUGCUUUGCUUGGAUUAAUUAAAGCUAUUUCUAUUGAAGGUGCACCAUUUGGAAUUACUUCUAAUAUCAUUUGUCCAGGACAUAUAAAAACAAACUUCUUUGAGCAACACGAUUACAUAAAAACAUUAGCUGAUCUUGUUUUAUUUUUAUGUAGUGAUCAAGCUCAUUCAAUUACUGGUCAAUCAAUUCCAUGGUGUUUAACAUAG